UUGAGCUGUACGUUGACUGUACACAGACAAGAUGGCAGCUUCAUUGGAAGACGAAUUCGAAGAUGCGCCUGAUGUGGAGCCGUUAGAACCAACUCUGAAGAAUAUCAUUGAGCAAAAAUCUCUGAAAUGGAUAUUUGUGGGUGGAAAAGGUGGAGUUGGUAAAACGACAUGUAGCUGCAGCUUGGCUGUCCAGCUGGCUGCUGUCCGAGAGAGCGUCCUUAUCAUCUCCACAGAUCCUGCCCAUAACAUCUCUGACGCUUUUGACCAGAAGUUCUCAAAGGUGCCGACUAAGGUCAAGGGCUAUGACAACCUCUUUGCAAUGGAAAUUGACCCAAGCCUUGGUGUGGCCGAAUUACCUGAUGAGUUCUUCGAGGAAGACAACAUGCUCAGUAUGGGCAAGAAGAUGAUGCAGGAGGCCAUGAGCGCUUUCCCUGGUAUUGAUGAAGCCAUGAGCUAUGCAGAAGUCAUGAGGUUAGUAAAAGGAAUGAACUUCUCCGUGGUUGUUUUUGACACUGCCCCUACUGGUCACACACUGCGACUGCUGAACUUUCCCACCAUUGUGGAGCGAGGUCUGGGCCGCCUCAUGCAGAUCAAGAACCAGAUCAGCCCGUUCAUCUCUCAGAUGUGCAACAUGCUCGGUCUGGGCGACAUGAACGCAGACCAGCUGGCCUCCAAGCUCGAGGAAACCCUGCCAGUCAUUCGCUCAGUCAGUGAACAGUUCAAAGAUCCUGAACAGACCACCUUCAUCUGUGUGUGCAUCGCUGAGUUCCUGUCGCUCUACGAGACAGAGCGGCUGAUCCAGGAACUGGCCAAAUGCCGCAUCGACACGCACAACAUCAUUGUCAACCAACUUGUUUUCCCCGACGCUGAGAGGCCGUGUAAAAUGUGUGAAGCCCGCCAUAAAAUUCAGUCCAAGUAUUUAGAUCAGAUGGAGGAUCUUUAUGAAGAUUUCCACAUAGUCAAGUUGCCGCUGCUGCCCCAUGAAGUUCGAGGUGCCGACAAGGUCAACACGUUCUCUAAGCAACUUCUGGAACCCUACAAACCCCCAAACAAGUGAUCUGCCCCCCUGCAGGACCUCCUCCUCGUCUCCCUAAUCCCUUCCCUACAGACAACACCUCUGAAGUCCCAGCUCCCCCCAACCAGCCUCAAACCCUGCAGCAGAAGCCUCAAUCGUCAUUCCUCAGCCCAUCAUCUACAGCAGAGCACGCCCACAGCAAAGGGGAGCUGACAACAACACACACAACAGACACCUCUGCAUCGCUAGAGAUAAGACAGCAACAUGUGUGUGCUGCCUCACGCUCACUUCACCUUCUCCUGUCUUCAUAUCUACUGUGACAGUUGUGCUGUUCCUACUUAAAGCAUUUAACGUCCUCUCAACUAAAAAACACCCUCGUCCUCCUCUUCUUCUUCCUCCUCCUCCAUCCUGCGCAGUGUCCAGCCUCAGUUGUGAAAAAAACAAAGUGUUUCCAGUGACUGUGCUGUGUAUUCCAGGAUAUAGCAGCUUUUUCAGAUGGUUGAUGUUUGAUGCUUUGUUUAUUCUGUGCAAUUUGGUGGCUGUUUCUGUCUCCCCCGCAUCUGUAAACACAUCUGGAAGUUCCAUCCAAAUUUCUACAGAUUCAGGUUGUAGCGGGGGGGGGGGGGCAGUGAAAAAAGACUCUUGAAAAUAAUAAAAAAAACAGAAUAUAGCCUGUGGUCUUCAAGUUUGAUUCUUGAACAAUUAGGGGUCGACUGAUAUAGGCGUUUUCAGAGCUAGUCAAGAAGACCAAUUACUGUUAUUUAAUUUCAGGAAAAAUGAAAAUAUUGGUGUCAAAAUUUAGAAUGAGACAAGUUCCAGUACAAAAUGCCAUAGAAAUGCAUUUAUUUAUGUCACGUAUGUCUGAUUCAAAGAAAACUUUUAAGCACUUAUCUUUAAGAACAUUAAAUAACAUGGAACUGAUUAGACAGUGGCAUAGUCGGGACUUAGCUAAAGACAGAUGCAGCUGCUUUUGAGACAAAGUAAAACAUUUUUCAAUUCAUGUAAUUCACCGGGAACUGAUUACAAAAAUAAAAUAGCUGAAUAUCAGAUCAUACCUAUUAUUGGUUGACCCGUACUUGUAAUUUCAAUAAGCAAAAACUGAAGCAAAAGUGCUUCUUUUACCAUGUGACAGACCAUAAGACCCCUCUAACUUAAAUGCAGUCAGCUGAUCAACAGUGUUUCUUUUUGAAUUCAUUUUGAAUCGAGUCAAACUAGGAGCUCUAUAUCCCCAUGCAGCCAUGUGUCAUUUGAACUUUAUGGCCUCUGUCGAAAAUUUAAGCGCCUCUCGUUGCUUCAGGUGGAAUGUUUCCGGACACAGAACCGGUUUUAAGACACAAAUGUGUGAUGUGAAUAAUGAUAUUUGAGGGACUGGAAGCUAAAAGAAGCUGCGUGACAUUGUUGAACUCCCAGUUCCCAUUCAGUGCUCAUAGAACCCUCCAGUUCUCAUCUCUGUCAAGUAUUUCAUGUCCAUCCUGUUUACCGCUAUGGGAACACUGAAAGAUAUUAGUAGCCUUAUUUAGUGCAUUGUUAAUAAAUAUGUAUAUUGAAUGUUGCUUGAUCAAGUGUUUUGAACAAAUGAACGGUGAGUUGUUGAAGUAAAUUUAAAGCAUCCAUGCCCCGGUGAUUGAAUACUGGAGUCAGAUUGAACAGAAAGAUGACAGCUGAAUCGACCCUUUAGCUAAACCAUACUUUCCCCUUGUCUGUCAUUGAAUGCUUUUGAGUCAGAAUCUGUUUUCUAUAGAUUUUCUUUAAAUUAUACUGCGAGUGUUAAUUAAAACAAACUUGCCUCAG